AGGCCCCUCCGCGCAUGCGCGGCGCUUCCCCUGCGCCCGCGUCACUCGGCUUCUGGCUCCAGAAGUUUCCAAAUUGGCGGCGGCAGCGCAAUGGCGGAUGAGCGAGUUUUCACAGAUGAAUUCAUAGCAGAGUGUCCGGAGAAAGCUGUGGAGGAGUUGAAUGCAGCAGUGGAACAGGAUUUGGAUGUGGCAGAAUAUUAUUGCCAAAGAGCCUAUGCACACAUAUUGCUUAAGAAUUACAAAGAGGUUGUAAAAGAUGCCAGCAAAGCCCUCGAGCUGAAACCAAACUAUGCUUUAGCAUAUCUUAGAAAAGGAAUUGCAGAGUAUCACUUAAAAAUGUAUCAGUCGUCAAUGGAAUCUUUUACAAGAGGACAGGAGCUAGAUGCAGAAAAUGCCAGUUUUAAUGCUUGGAUGAAAACCUGCAAAGGAAGCCUGGAUUCAAUGGCGCAACAAGAUGGAAACACUGAAGAGACACACAAACAUCAGACGGCAACACGCAAAAUAAAACAUGAUUGGUACCAGACAGAUUCUCAUGUUAUCGUCACAAUAAUGAUCAAGAAUGCAAAUAAAGAUGAUGUGAAGGUUGAAUUUGCUGAAAAAAAUGUGUGUGCAUCAGUGAAGCUUUCAACAGAAGAUGAAUAUAGUUUGAAACUUAAUCUUCUACAUCCCAUAAUAUCUCAGUGUUGUGCUGUCAAAGUGCUGGGAACAAAGAUUGAGAUAAAAAUGAAGAAGACCGAAGCAAUUCGAUGGGAAAAGCUGGAAGGCAUUGCACCAGAUGUAAAGCACUUCAUGCCAGAACAGCCACAACCAUAUCCAUCCUCUUCUCACUACACAAAGAAUUGGGAUAAACUGGUAAUGGAGAUUAAAAAGGAAGAGAAUGAUGAAAAACCAGAGGGAGAUGCUGCGCUAAACCAGCUUUUUCAGAAGAUUUAUGCAGAUGGGUCUGAUGAAGUAAAGCGUGCUAUGAAUAAGUCAUUUACUGAAUCUGGAGGCACUGUUCUAAGCACAAAUUGGACAGAAGUAGGCAAAAAAACAGUGGCUGUGAAUCCCCCAGAUGAUAUGGAGUGGAAGAAACUUUGAAGACUGAACUUAUUGUGUUGUUUUCCACUAUAAAUUCAACUUUAAAAAGAGAUACAAAUCUUAUGUUUGUUCCAACACUGAUGUACUUGUCUUUGCCUUGACCUUAGAUGAUCUUUGCAUGGAUUGGAUGCAUUAUUUAGUUUGACAUUAGUGUUAGAGGAAAUUAAAGAUGGUUUUUCACUUUUGUUUUUAAUUUUAAAAAUGUGAAUUGUUUCCUACCACAGAAUAAAUUGACUAUAUAUCUAUAAAUGACAUUAUUGUGUGUGUAAAUAGUUUUAUAUCAGCCCUUGCAUGGGAAUUGAUUUCAUAUACCUAAUUAUCUGAUUUUUCUUGGUGUUGCAGCAGAAUUUUUAAAAACAUUGAUAGGAUGUAACAAGUUUGUACAAUGAUGUGGUUCUUUUCAAUCCAUGAGACAAACUGACAUAGUUACACAAUUGCUGUCGCGUUAAAAUAAUAGGGUGACUGUUUUUCUUUGUCAAAUGAAGGCUUGGUUGGGUAAAAUCAAAAGUGCAAAUAAUGUAAAAUGACAUCAAUAUUUUGAGUUAAAUUUUAUUUUCUGAUGCAGUGUUUUUAAAUAAGAUUUUUGAUUUGGUUAGUUGUCCUUCAUUUUUGUACUUUAGGCUUGUUGGCAAAAGUUAAUACACUUGUGUGCUUUUUUUGUUUUCAGUUGUAGUCCAAGUAUAAAAUCGAAGAACUCGAAUACAGAUUCUUUUCUGUUUUUUAUUAUUUUUAAUAUCAUAAACUAAAGUAAUUUGGCUAAGAUUUCCAUUUGCUAUAGUUUGAAAUCAGUUACGAGAAAACAUAAGCAAAUUAUUCUAGAUGGCUCCACGUGCAUCCUCCACCACUUAGUAAGAUCAUGGCUGAUCCAGUCUUGAUUUCCGCACUGUUUUUCCUGUUCCCUCUUUAUCCACUGAUUGUUGUUUAAAUAUCUGUCAAUUUCUACAUUGAAUAUAUUCAAUGACUGUCUCCACAGCUCUCUAGAGGUAGAGAAUUCCAGAGAUUUUGUAACCCUCCGACAGACUAAAUUCAUCCUCGUGUUUGUCUUAAAUGGGCAGCCCCUUACCCUGAAACUGUGCUUUCUGGGGAAACUAGGAGAAACAUCCUCAGUAUGCACCCUGUUAAUCCCCCUCAGAAUCUUACUUGUAUUUAUAAGAUCACCUGUUGUAUACUGCGGUGACUAUAGGCCCAUCCUACUCGACCUUUUUUCAAAUGGCAGCCAGCCAUGUAACCUCUCCUCUGCACUGCCUCCUUUGCACGUACAUCAUUUAAACAUGGGGACCAAAACUCCAUGCAGUACUCUAGGUGCAGUCUCACAAGCACCCUGUAGUGUUGCAUCAAAAUUUCCCUACUUCUAUUCUCCAUGCCCCUUGCAAUAAACAUAAAAAAUAGGAGCAGGAGUAGGCCCUUCGAUCCUGCUCUGACAUUUAAUAUGGUCAUGGCUGAUCAUCCAAAUUCAGUAACCUGGUCCAACUUUCACUCCAUACUCCUUGGUUCCUCCAACCCUAAGAAUAAUAUGAUUUGGCUAUUUUUUUUGUGGUAGAGAAUUUCACAACCUCAGCACUGAGAAAAAUUUCUCCUCACUAGAUUGUUUUCCCUAACACUUCUGGGAGGCUCUUCAUAUUCUUUAUGAAGAUAGAAUCAAACUGAAUUUAAUUGGUCUGCCAUUUCUUUCUAACCAAUUAUAAAUUCCACCCCCCCCCCUCCCCAUUGCCAAUAAUGGGGCUACUUUUGUCUUAAUCUUUUGUUCCUUGCACAUCUAUUAGAAGUUUUUGCAGUUUUCCACCUCCUAAACAAUUCAUUUGUCCUCUUUGGCCAUUCCUGAUGAAGGGUCUCAACCUGAAACAUGACUGUUUAUUUGUCUCCAAAGAUGCUGCCUAACCUGCUGAGUUCCUCCAGCAUUUUGUGUGUAUUGCUCUAGAUUCUAGUGUCUACAGAAUCUCUUGUCCCAUUUAUCCUCUAGCUGAAUUUUAAACUGCUCCCUACCCUUGGGUCUGCUACUUUAUCUGGCCUUUGUAAUUUUCCUUCUCUGAUCUAAUGCUACCGCUUAUUUCUUUUGAAAUCUAUGGUUGAGUCACCUCUUGUUUUCUUGCACCAAACAGGAAUAAACAAUUGUUGUAAUUCA